AUGCUUACGGAGGAUUCUGCUUUUCCUACAAUUUGUCCCCAGGUGCCGGUGUCCGAGAGUGAGUGUGAAAAUGUGGAGCUGAUGUCGUUCAAAGAGAAGAUGCGUCUAUUUGCUAAUCGGAUUGGUGAGGAUGUCCCGAAGGAGCGCUUGAAAGCUUCGCUGCUUUCUUCUCUCCACCUCCUUCCUCGCCCCGCCACUCCUUCGCCUGUAACCCCCAAAGCGAGAACCGGUCGCCAUGACGACUACAUUGCCGCUUCACGCUCAGGUGCGCCCUCAGCCUGGCAUAAGCAAAGAGACAUCUUCAACUGCAUAUAUUCAUCGGUGUCUUUACCUCUUCAAAUUGCCCAAUCUACCACAGAACGGCUGCUUUCCCCGCAGGCUUCUUUCUUCCCCUUUUAUCCCAUCGGCCGGAGCCGGACCCUCCGUCUCCGUCACUUUCGAACGCACGAGCAUGGUCUGGGGUGCCCGGAUGAAGUUGUCUAA